CACGAUCCCUCUCUCUCUCUCUCUCUCGCCAUCCUUCCUUCCUUCCUCCACCGGCAGCAGCCAGCGACGCCAUUAUCUAUAAUCUCCCCUUCUUUCAGCAUAGGGCUCCGUUCCCUUUGCUCCCUCUUCUCUCCGAUCUCCUCUCACAAGGAAUCUUCCACCCCCGGAAAGCAAGAUUCUCGGGAUUUCGAUUUCGGAAGGCGGAGUGAAACCGAAAUGCCCGGAGGAUUGAGCUAGAUGACUCUCUCAAGUCUCGACUCCCGCCGCCCGCCGCCGAGAGAGGAGGAGACUAGGCGAUGAAUGUAGAACGCGACGGCAGAGGGAACAGCAGAAUCAGCAAGGAAUCCCUCGGCGGCGGCGGCGGCGGCGGUGGUGGUGGUUGCGAGGAUGACGAUGAGGAAGGCGAGCGGUUCUACGAGUCGCUGGAUCGCAUUGCUUCCUCUUCCUGCUCCUGCUCCUGCUCCACUUCCAAUUCCGACUCCGAUCCCGACCCUCCCAUCCCUUCCUUCUCCACCAGCAAUUCCGCCACCAAAUCUCGAUUCGGCUUCUCGUCUUCCAACUACGACGUCUGGAUCUCCGAGCCGUCGUCCGUGUCCGAGCGCCGCCACCGGCUCUUCAGCCAGAUGGGGCUCUCUUCCGAGGAGUCUUCUUCCUCCCUGUCCCGCCGCCAGCCCGACGAAAGGUGUGUUGAUUUGAACUUCGAUCAUUUCCCGCCCCGCCGCUUGGCUUCCAGGAAUGCUGGGGUGUCCCGGUCGAAAUCUGACGGUGGUGCGGAUCGCCGAGAUGGUGACAGUGACGGCGGUGACACAACUUGUAAUGAUGAUUUCAAUUCCUGCUCCUCCUUUUCCUCAUGUUCUUCGUAUUCGUCUUUGGUGUCUGUUUAUUCUGCUUCAACGAUUCUUUCCGACGAUUUGAUUGAUGUAAAUAGCUGUAACAACAACAACAAUCACAAUGACAAGACAUUAGUAGUUGCCAAUGGUAAGAAGAAGAAGAAUGGAUUUGUCGUUGGUGGGGGCGCAAGGAACGCGAAUCUUUGUUCCCCGCAGCAUUCUGAUGUUUCCCCUAGUAAGCCCCCUUCUGGUAAACAUGGCAGGAGUGUGGAUUUGAAUAGGAGCUGGUCGAACACGAGCAUUGCGGAGCUCAUGGAGGGAUUGGAUGGUAAUGGGAAUGAUAGUGGAUCGGCAGAGGUAACGCAGGCCUGUACGAUUAAGAAUCUUGAUACCGGGAAAGAGUUUGUCGUUAACGAAGUCAGGGAAGAUGGGGCGUGCAACAGGUUGAAAGAAGUGGGGACUGGGAGGCAGUUGACAAUGGAGGAAUUCGAAAUGACGGUGGGUCAUUCACCAAUCGUGCAAGAGCUAAUGAGGAGGCAGAAUGUUGAGGAUGGUGGUAGGGAAAAUCAUGAUCCUGGUGCCAAUGGUGGCAUUGGAGCUGGAGGGUCGAAGCCGAAGAAGAAGAGCAGUUGGUUCAGAAGUAUAAAAAACGUGGCAAGCAGUGUGAAAGGUCAUAAGGAGAGGAGGAGUAGCGAUGAGAAGGAUACGGGAUCGGAGAGAGGAGGGAGGAGGUCGAGUUCUGCUACAGAUGAUAGCCAGGAUGCUUCAUUUCACGGACCAGAAAGAGUGCGAGUAAAGCAAUAUGGCAAGUCAUUUAAAGAUCUGACUGCGCUUUACAAGACGCAGGAGAUUCAGGGGCAUACUGGCUCAAUUUGGGCUAUUAAGUUUAGUUUGGAUGGUAGAUAUUUGGCAAGUGCAGGUGAGGACUGUGUGAUCCAUGUUUGGCAGGUGGUGGAAACAGAAAGGAAAGGAGAGUUGUUGCUUGAAAAGCCAGAGGAUGCGAACUUUAAUCUCUUAGUAACAGUAAAUGGGUCUCCUGAACCUAUGUUCUUGUCAACUUCUGCUGAUGGUCAUAAUGAAAGGAGGAGAAGAGCGAGGUCAUCUAUAAGCAGGAAAUCUGUGAGCUUGGAACACAUCAUCGUUCCCGAAACUGUGUUUGCACUUUCAGAUAAACCUUUUUGCACAUUUGAAGGGCAUCUUGGUGAUGUCCUCGACUUAUCAUGGUCCAAGUCUCAGAUUCUUCUGAAGGAUGCUGAUAUAGUUCUGUUUACUGGACUCCAGCACCUGCUUUCUUCUUCAAUGGACAAAACGGUGCGCCUCUGGCACUUGUCUAGCAAGACUUGUUUGAAGAUAUUCUCACACAGUGACUAUGUUACUUGCAUCCAAUUCAAUCCGGUUGAUGAUAGCUACUUCAUUAGUGGGUCACUAGAUUCAAAGGUUCGCAUAUGGAGUAUUCCCGAUCGUCAAGUUGUUGACUGGAAUGAUGUACAUGAGAUCGUCACUGCAGCUUGCUACACUCCAGAUGGUCAGGGUGCACUUGUUGGUUCGUAUAAGGGAGGCUGUCGGCUCUACAAUACAUCUGAGAAUAAGUUGCAGCAAAAAUCUCAAGUCAAUCUACAAAACAAAAAGAAGAAAUCUCACCUGAAGAAAAUUACUGGGUUCCAGUUUUUGCCGGGAAGCUCAUCUGAAGUGCUCAUCACCUCAGCAGAUUCUCGGAUACGAGUCGUUGAUCGCACUGAUUUGGUUCACAAGUUCAAAGGGUUUCGGAAUACAAACAGUCAAAUCUCAGCCUCCCUCGCAGCAAACGGCAAGUUCGUCGUCUCAGCGAGCGAGGACUCGUACGUCUACGUAUGGAAGCACGAGGCAGAUUCGCGGCUGACCAGGAGCAAAGGCGUCACCGUCACACGGUCGUACGAGCAUUUCCACUGCCAAGAUGUCUCUGUAGCCAUCCCUUGGCCCGGAGCAGCCAGCUCCGACGACACCUGGGGAGGAGGAGGACACCUAGCAACACCCGGCGUCGAUAUCCAUCUCGAAGACAUCCCCACCUCCCUCGCCAACAACCAUCCUCCAACACCCGUGGAGGAACCAAGCAGUAGGAGCGACGAUCGCUCCCAGUCACUGCCUGGUGGUGGCGCCGCUGCCACCACCAGCAGCCCACUGAACGGAAUCAUCUCCAGCGCCACGAACGGUUACUUCUUCGACAGGAUAUCGGCUACUUGGCCAGAGGAGAAGCUGAAUGCAGCUGCUGCUAGGGCACGGAGCCCUCGAACCAGCGUGGACGUGAGCAACGGGCUGAUCAACCAGAACAUGUCAGCAGCUUACGGGAUGGUGAUUGUUACUGCUGGCCUGAGAGGGGAGAUUCGAACUUACCAGAACUUCGGCCUGCCAGUUCGAAUCUGACGUGGAAGUCAAGGAAGCAAAGUACAGUCCGGUGAGGCAGCAGGUGUACAGGGAGGGAGGGGAUUGUUUUGAUGAGAUUUGUGCAGGAAUUUUCAGGCGGGAGGUGGUCGAUUUUUUCAUUUUUUUCUGUUCUUCUUGGUGGGUUAUGUCUUUUUGUUUUUGUUACUGGUUUUGGUGCUUGUUGGAAGUUGGAGAUGGGUACAAGAUUUAGGUAAGCCAUUUUCGACUGAAACAACGUAAAGAAGGAAAAGAAGUCAGGAUGGAAACUACACCGUGAAUUUUUUAGAAACCAAGCCAAAAUUGUAAGUGUUUGGGGGAAUUUGUAGAGUUGAGUUCAUUACAAAAAUGAAAAUUCGUUCACAUUCUUUUUCUGGAUAUGGUGUUAUUGUGUUUCUGGAUAUGGGUGCGUGGGAGCAUAUCGAUCGAUAUCGUUAUAUCAUCCUUCUGUUCUCAGCUGGCUGAUCCCAUUUUUUGUGGAACAACGUACUAUUGUAAAAAAUUACGAGGUG